AUGGGUCGGACGGGUGACGACCACCGCGCCGUCGACCGCCGGCUGGAGGCGCUGCUCUCCGGCGCCGCCUCCGAGGAGCCAUGGCUCCGGCGUAUGGCAUCUGCGACGGCGCUGGAGCUGCGUCUGCUGGCGCCUCUCGCCGCGCCGGCCGUGGUGGUCUACAUGCUCAUCAUCGUCAUGUCGUCGACCACGCAGAUCGUGUGCGGCCAGCUCGGCAACGUCCAGCUCGCCGCCGCCUCCCUCGGCAACAACGGCAUCCAGGUCUUCGCCUACGGCCUCAUGCUGGGGAUGGGCAGCGCGGUGGAGACGCUGUGCGGGCAGGCGUACGGCGCGGAGAAGUACGAGAUGCUGGGCGUGUACCUGCAGCGCUCCACGGUGCUGCUCAUGGCCACCGGCGUGCCGCUCGCCGCCAUGUACGCCCUCUCGGAGCCGCUGCUCCUGCUGCUGGGGCAGUCUCCCGAGAUCGCCGGCGCCGCCGCGGAGUUCGCCUACGGCCUCAUCCCGCAGAUCUUCGCGUACGCCGCCAACUUCCCGAUCCAGAAGUUCCUGCAGGCGCAGAGCAUCGUGGCGCCCAGCGCCUACAUCCUGGCGGCCAGCUUCGCGCUCCACUUCGCGUACAUCGUCUGGAGCCCGCGCUGCCGGGCCACCUGGACCGGGUUCACGUGGGCCGCCUUCGCCGACCUGCCCGGGUUCGCCGGCCUGUCCGCCGCGUCGGCGGUCAUGCUGGCGCUCGAGGUCUGGUACUUCCAGGUGCUCAUUCUCCUCGCCGGCAUGCUGCCGGACCCGCAGAUCGCCCUCGACUCGCUCACGGUCUGCACGUCGAUCCAGUCAUGGGUGUUCAUGAUCUCUGUGGGCUUCAAUGCAGCUGCCAGCGUGAGGGUAGGGAAUGAGCUGGGCGCCGGCAACCCCAGGUCUGCCGCGUUCUCUGCAUGGAUGGUCACCGCCCUGUCGGCGUUCGUGUCAGGGAUAGCUGGCCUCGUCACUUUCCUGCUCAGGGACAAGCUAAGCUACAUCUUCACCGGCGGCGAGGUCGUCUCGCGCGCCGUCGCCGACCUGUGCCCGCUGCUCGUCGGGACCAUCGUGCUCUGCGGGAUCCAGCCCGUGCUGUCAGGUGUGGCCGUUGGCUGUGGGUGGCAAGCGACGGUUGCCUACAUCAACAUUGGAUGCUACUACUUCAUCGGCAUACCCCUCGGCGUGCUCCUCGGAUUCAAGUUUGACUUUGGGAUCAAGGGAUUGUGGGGAGGCAUGAUUGGGGGUACCCUCAUCCAAACACUCAUUUUGAUCUGGAUCACGUUAAGAACUGACUGGAACAAGGAGGUCGAGGAGGCGCGGAAAAGAUUAGACAAGUGGGACGACACAAGGCUGCCUCUUCUCGCAAGCAAGGAGUGA